AUGUCGUAUGUUACUAUCACCCAUGAUAUCACCACGGUUAUGACAGUCACUUCCUGCGCUGAUAAUGCUUGUGCUACUUCUUCCAUCACUACCGGUGUUACAGUGAUUACCGAAACCAUCGAUAGUUAUACUACAGUUUAUACCACCUAUUGCCCAUUGACUAUGACGGCUGCCGUAAUUAGUUCCACAGAUACAAUAAUUUUGAGUGAUACCGGCGCCACUGCAAUUGAUGCCUCGGGUACUCCAUCGAUUGUUGCUUCCUCUGCUGCCAUUUCAACUUCAAUUACCUCCCCUAUCAUCACUUCAGAAUCCAGUGUAAGCUCUACUGAAGCUCUGAGCAUUCUUGGUGCAUCUGAUUCUACAGGUUUGUCUUCACCAGCCAAAACAUCAGAAUCUGCCAGUGAUGCCACAGAUAUCUCUUCAAAUAUUAGUUCCAGUGCUCAAAAUACUGACGAAACCGAUGUUUCAAUGAGCUCUACAGAAGCUCAAAGCAUUCUUGGUGAAUCUGAUUCAACAGUUUCUUCAGUGUACGCCACUUCCACUACCUCCCCAGAACUCACUUCAUACGUAACAAAGACUGCGGAAAUCACCACGUUCGUCACCAUCACCAGCUGCUCUAAUAAUGCCUGCUCUACUACUUCUUUGGAGACAGGGUUAACGGAAAUUACCAUUACUACUGAUGAAACUUUAACUAUUAGCACUACGUAUUGUCCAUUGACCUAUACUGAAGCCGUUAUGGGAUCAGGCUCUUCUGUAACUACUUCUACUGUUACUGAACUGUCUUCAAAUAUUGUCACUACUACCACAAGCGACUAUUCAGGAUGCUAUGACAUCCCAAUUCCCAGCACCGAUUAUCAUGGAUCGGAAUCAUCCACUUCCAACUCAUAUACCAGCUCUAACAUGAUUUCUUUAACCCAAUCCUCCUCUGAAACCAGUAACAAUGAGAUACUGUCAUCUACUGAAUCGUCUAUUGAGUCUGGUUCCAAUAUAAGCACUUCCAAAUCCACCACCGAUUCUAAAUCUCUGGAAGUAAAUGGUAUUACCGCUUCUACUGUUGUUUCAGACACUGAUACAUCAAUUGUCCCACAAUUGACAUCAUAUACUACGAAGACCGCCGAAGAAACCGCUAUUGUGACGAUAACCAGCUGUCCUAACAAUGAAUGCUCUACCAUUUCUGUAACCACAGGAAUUGCAAAGAUUACAAUCACCACUGAUGAAACGUUAACUGUUAUAACUACUUAUUGUCCAUUAACCUAUACUGAAGCCUUGCUGAGCUCCGGCUCUGUAACCAGCACAAUGACUGUGGAAUCUAGUGCUUCCAUUGAUGUUUAUACUAGUACUACUGAUAGUACUGUUAUCAGUCUGGAGACCUCAACCUCAUCUUUUUCAUUGUCAUCAUCAGGGUCUUCUUUGGCAUCAUCUUCUAUUUUAGGAACGUCAGGCUCUACAUCAUCCUCUUCUGUUAUGUCCAAUUCUCUCACUUCAUCGACUUCAACUUCAGUUUCAUCCACCACCUCCAAAUUAGAGUCCUCAAUGAGCUCCCUGACUUUAUUAAUUUCCCCUUCCUCUACUUCCAGUAUAUCAACAUCGACUCCGACUACUGAGUCUCUUUAUACUAGUACCUCCGUUGAAGCUGUUAGUGGAACCACCGUCUCUACAAGCUCUACCUAUACCACGAGUUCCCUAUCAACAAGCUCUACUCCAAAAAGCUCAUCAAUAGAAUCUGGUUCUGCCACCAUUGCUUCUGCUACAUCUCAAUCCUCAUCUAUCACUAGUACCUUAUUAGAAAACAGUGCAAGCACAACCGUUAUUGUCUCCACAUCUUGCCUCGAAAACUCCUGCUACGCUUCAUCAAUUACCACUGGUGUCACUUUGGUGUAUCAUACUGAAAGCGGUACUGUUACCUCAUAUACCACUUACUGUCCAUUAACCCAAUAUUCUUCUUCAGAUACUUCUACCCCAAGUACCACCGCUGUGGCCACCACUUUGUCCUCUAGUAUGGAAAGUCAAAUCACUUCUAGUAGUAGUACUUGGUCAACACCUACCGAUUCUUCAAUUAGUACAGGUUUCUCAGUGACUGAAGCAUCAACUAUUUCUUCUGAAACAAGCUCGGUGGUUAGUAUUUCCACCUAUUCGGGCAUGGGUAUGAGAACCAUAGAAGCAAAAAGUUCUAUUUUCACCGGCUUGAUGGUAUUCUUGAUUUCAACUUGGAUGCAAAUAUAA